UGCACCUCCAACGAUCUCCUCUCAAGUCAUAGCACAAGUGUAUAUAUAUUCGUAUUUUGAAAAUGGCGCCCAUUCAAAUGGAAAAGUCCUACGUGAAAGUGUCCUCCACACCUGCUGCAAAAUGCUCUCGGCAGGCAGUGUCAAGCAGCAGGUCAUGGGAUGUGAUCCUUCCUAUCAGUCGCAGAGGAAGCUUCUUCCAAGACUCGUUUUUCUCUGACAUACACAAGGAUUUUGACUCCUCCGUCAGGGAGGUGUUGGCCAGAUGGAGUGACGAAGACCUGAAAGUGAAAGACUUCCGCCGGGAUGAUAUUAUGGACCGUUACAGACAGCUUCGAUCUCGUAAUCUAAAUGAAGAGAACCAGGCUGUCACAGUUACAUCUGACAACACAAGUCAUAAGAUUGUGCUGGAUGUGCAUGACUUCAUGUGUGGAGAUGUGAAAGUGAAAGUGUUGGACGAGGAGGAGUUGUUAGUGGAAGGAUACGUGGAGAAGGAGGAAGGAAGCUCGUCCGUCUCGUCACACUCCUUCAGACGCUACUUCUCUUUGCCUCAACACGCAGACAUGACAGCGAUAACGUCCGUCAUGUCUGCAGAUGGUAUCCUCACAGUCACUGCGCCAAAAAUAAAAACAGAAAUGACAAAGGAAAAAGCAAUCAAUCAAACUUCCGCUUCGAAUUAUCAUGAAAAAGUCAGCGAAACACGAAAACAAACAGACUCAGAACACUUGUCUUCUACACGAAAAGAAAGCUGUUCGUGUGAUCUUGGUUUCAAAAGAACAGCUGAUUCCUCUGGGUUUGACUACGGUUCGUGGGACACAUCCUUGCCCAUCACUCGAAGAGGAGGCUUCUCCCAGGACUCCUUCUUCUCCGAUACACAUCGCGACUUCGAUGCCUCCAUCAGGAAGGUCCUCAAUGGCUGGAAUGACGCCGAUCACCAGCUGGCGGAUUUCUGGGACGAUGACGACUUCCACCGCAGCGACAGACUGGCCCGCUACAGACAGCUCCGAUCGCGGAACCUGUGGAGUGAUAACCAGGCCGUUACAGUUACCUCAGAUAAUAUUAGUUAUAAAAUAUUGGUGGAUAUGCAUGACUUUGUGGAUGGAGAUGUGAAGGUGAAGUUGAUGGGCGAGAAGGAGCUGUUGGUGGAGGCCCAGUCGGCCAGGUCCUCGCACACCUUCACACGCACCUUUUCCUUGCCUGACUCCAUUGACAUAACGUCCAUCACGUCUGUCAUGUCGUCAGAUGGCAUCCUGACAAUCACUGCCUCCAAGAAGGAGAGUGAAACACAACAGAAGACUACUGUCAUCCCCAUUAGUGUCAAGGAAACGCAUAAUGCUUCAGAAGUUCACAGCUCAACUUCCUCGACGACCUCGGGAGUUUUUGAGGAAACAGCAUCUGGCCAAGGAAUAUCCCACACAGCCCAAGAGGAGGAACGCAAAUACGCACGAUGCUUUCAGGAGAAUAUCGACGAGGACAAGACCCAAACUGCAACUUCCAAUAUCUCAAGCAACACCCAACAAUCAUCACAGAAGGAAUCGUCUGUCAUCACAGAUUUUGCUUCCACAAGAAUUUCCGACUCGCUGGGAGCAAAGAAAACUCUUGGGAAUAAACAAGAAGACUCCUUGCCCAUCACGAAGAGAGGAAGCUUCUUCCAAGACUCAUUCUUCUCCGACAUACGCCAAGGCUUCGACGCCUCUGUCAGGGAAAUCUUGAAGAAAUGCAAUGACUCCGAUCUCACGGUGACAGACGAUGUCAGUCACAGUGACAUCUUGAGCCGCUACAGGCAGCUUCGAUCUCGAGACAUGAGGGAAGAGGACCAGGCCUUCUCCGUCACGUCAGACAGUGCUAGCCUCAAGAUCGUGCUUGACGUGUAUGACUUCAUGCGCGGAGACGUCAAGGUGAAAGUCGUGGACGAGAAGGAGCUGGUGGUGGAAGGACACGUAGAGAAGGAGGAAGGAAGUUCAUCCGUCUCGUCACACUCCUUCAGACGCCGCUUUUCCCUACCUCACCGCACUGACAUGACACACAUUACUUCUGUCAUGUCUUCAGAUGGUAUCCUCAAAAUAACUGCUCCCAAAACGGCAGGAGAACCACAGCAAAACACGUACGUUAACUUAUCCAUGACUGAGGAAAGGAAGGAAUCAACGGCUCAAGACUUCACACCUAAGGCACUCUCGUCCACGACGGAGAAAAAUAUCUCCGUUCACGAGAAUCUUGUCAAUGUAGAUCAGAAGGACUUUGAGUGUGAACAAAAACACACGUACGAGAACAAGAUGAGAAAGCUGAAGAGAGAAUUUGAAUUUCCUGCUGAAUCCAAGGAAGUUUUAAAGCCCAAGAUCUGUCAAAAUCAAUCUACAACUGCUUCUGUCAAUGAACAUGGAAACGAUGCCAAUAAUCAGGAUCAUGAACUCAAACGACUGACUGAAACAUUCAAAUCAACAAUCACUGAGAAAGCCUCUUGUGAUGACUUUGUUUCUGAAGAACAACAAACUUCCAUGCAAUCUGAAUCUGAGUCAACAGAAGCCAUCAAACUGCGCGAAGAGAUCUUACCCAUCAGUCGAAGAGGAAGCUUCGUUCAGGAUUCUUUCUUCCUCGAUGUCCAUCAAGAGUUCUACACUGCCAUCAGAGAGGUCCUGAAGAAGUGGGUUAGUGCAGACAGUGAGGACUUCUUUAGUCUUAGUCACAGCGAUAUUCUGAACCACUACAGACAGCUUCGAUCCCGUGAUUUGAGGGAAGAAACUCAAGUCUCUAUCGUCACGUCCGACAACACUAGUUGCAAGAUCGUGUUGGACGUCCAAGACUUCCUGAAUAGGGAUCUGAAGGUGAAGGUGGUGGGCGAGACGAAGGUGGUGGUAGAAGGACGUGUGGCGAAGAGAGAAGGAAGCUCAUCCGUGUCCUCAUGCUCCUUCCGACGCUGCUUCUCGUUGCCAGAGUAUAUUGACAUGACAACCAUCACGUGCAUCAUGUCUUCUGAUGGCAUACUCACAAUCAUCGCUUCAAAAAUGCCAGAAGAAUCGGAAUACAAAGUGAUCAACUCCACUGAGGAAGUUCAAGAAUCCUCUGAAGUUCAACGCUCGGUAUCCCCAACUAAUGAAACAAUCUCUCUCCAUGAGGAAUGUGAAAAGGCAAGCAAAGCCACAUAUGACAGCAUGGAUUCUAUGGCAGAAGAUACGAGCAUUGAGUUCGAAGAUGUAAGGACUCCACUCUCUGAAGAAAUGUGUCACUCAGUGAAAUCUGAGACAGCUCAAAUGUUCCUUCUGUCGACUGAUUCUGCAGCAACAUCGAGUCAUGAUACUGAUUUCGGCAUUGUAGAAACUCAAAAUCAGAGCAAAGAGACUAUUGGCACACUAGAAUCUAUUGUAACUGAAGAAGUGAUGGCUGAUGAAUCACCGUCUGUGUCUUACUCCGAGUCUGCAGAAAUUACAGAAGCUUCCCUAUGUCGCCGAAGUUCGAUUGGCUUGAAUGAAACGUUUGGUGAUAAUUCUGAAUCACGUGACUUUGGGACUUCCCAGGAUUCUCUUCCUUCUGUCAUUCCCGAAGAAGAAAACGAAUCUGAAACUGUUGAAGUCCUUCAUCUUGAAGACUCCCAACAGGCAAUUGAAAGCAUUCUUGAUGCAAAGGAUUCAGCUGUUGAAAUACUUGAUCUGAAAGACUCACAGGAAUCUGCUGACAUUCUUCAAGUGAAAGGUUCAGAAGCUGUUGAAAUUGUUGAUCUGACAGACUUACAAGAAUCUGUUGACAUUCUUGAUACAAAAGGCUCAGCUGUUGAAAAUCUUGACCUGAAAAACUCACACGAAUCUGUUGACAUUCUUGAUGUACAAGACCUACAGGAAUCUGCUGACAUUGUUGAGGUGAAAGGCACAGCUAUUGAAAUUCUUGAUCUGACAGACUCACAGGAAUCUGUUGACAUUCUUGAUGCAAAAGUCUCAGCUGUUCAAAAUCUUGACCUGGAAAGCUCACACGAAUCUGUUGACAUUCUUGAUGUACAAGACCUACAGGAGUCUGCUGACAUUGUUGAGGUGAAAGGUACACCUGUUGAAAUUCUUGGUCUGACAGACUCACAACAAUCUGUUGACAUUCGUGAUGUGAAAGACUCACAUGAAUCUAUUAACAUUCUUGAAGUGAAAGGCUCAGAAGUUGUAGAAAUUUCUGACCUUAAAGAUUCCCAAGAAUCUACGGAAAUUUUGCAUCAAAAGGAUUCAGAGGAAGCUGCUGAAAUUCUUGAUCUGAUGGAUUCAGAAGUUGUUGAAAUUCUUGAUCUUAAAGAUUCCCAGGAAGCUGUUGGCAUUCUCUAUGUGAAAGAUUCACAGGAAGCUGUUGCUGAGGCUCAGAAUACGUCAGAAACUCAGAACUCAACGUCUUCAAGCACUUUGGACGAAGUCACUGAGGAUGCUGUACCUGUGCAAGAAAGGUCCAAACCAGUUUCUGAGGAAACGCUGGAUAGUAAAAUGAAACGGUUGGCAGCAACUGAGAGUUGCACAGAUUCCCUUCAGUCAUCCGGAGAUUCUUGUACCUCUGAAAAAGAAGUCGUCGAUACUCUUGGGCAGCUGAAACUUAAAGAGAUGACUGAAACCGUACGUACAGAAGAGUCUACAGAAACUGGUGAAUCGUUGAAAGGAAUGAGAAGCGUUCACAGAGAUUCGCCAGAAGAGCUGUUGCUCAUCACCAAAAGAGGAAACUUCUUCCAAGACUCAUUCUUCCUUGACACUCAGCGAGACUUCAGUGCCGCUCUCAGGCAGGUGUUGGGCAGGUGCAAUGAAGAAAACUUUGAGAACGACAUUAACCUCUGUUACACGGAUAUCCUGGAACGCUACAGGCAGCUUCGAUCUCGCGAUCUGAAGGAAGAGAAUCAGGCUGUUAUCGUUACAUCAGACAAGUCUUGUCUAAAGAUAAUUAUGGACGUUUAUGAGUUCAUGAGUGGAGAUAUACAAGCAAAGGUUGUUGAUGAGAAAGAGUUAGUCAUUGAGGGACGUGUGGUGAAGAGCGAAGGAACCUCAUUCGAGACCUUUCACUCCUUCAGACGCCGCUUCUCUCUUCCGCAAUAUACUGAUAUCACUUCUGUUAUGUCAUUAGAUGGCAUCCUCACAGUUACUGUGAUCUUUAAGGAAGGAAAUGUCGAGCUAAAUACAACUAAAAAGACUGAGGCAAAAUGCAACAUUACAAAAGAAAUUAUUGACUCAAAAUCACCUUCACUUUCUGCUGAAAAGCAUGUGCUUGAGGCGAAGGCUGAAAAUCAAGAUAGAUUGAACAAGAAUGUGACAUUACAGUCAGAGGAAACUCGUAAUUUCACGUCGGGGACAGAGAGGUCCAAACUUGAUUCCAACUUCGAGGACAAUAGACUGAGACGCUUUGGACGAGGCUAUAACAGGGAGUCUGAAGAAACCAACAGAUAUAACGUCACCGAAGACACAAGUAUGGGAACGUCCUCCCGUUUCACGAGUGUUUCUCAGUGUAGCUCCGCAUUGAAGUCUUUUCCAGUGACGAGGAAAGGACUGUUCUUCUCCGAUUACUUUUUCCGAGACACAAGGGAGGAUUUCCAGAAAGCCGUAAGGGAAAUCCUGAACAAAUGGGGAGAGAAGUCGUCUUCCGGUGACGAGAUGACUUGCUACAGAAAACUACGAGCACGAAAUAUGAGGGAAGAUAAUCAGGCAGUGACGUCUUCGGAAGAUGAACGGCAUUAUAAGUUCGUCAUUGAUGUCCAAGACUUUAUGGACGUUGGAGAGAUCAGCGUGAAGGCUGUGAACGAGAGAGAGUUGGUGGUUGAAGGUCACUUGGAGAGGAAUGAAGACGGUUCGAAGUCCAGCAAGCGGUUCCUUCGACGCUUCGUUGUUCCUGGAGACAUUGAGCUCGAGGCUGUCAUGUCAGUCAUGUCUUCUGACGGUGUGCUUAAAAUCUUAGCUCCGAAGAGGCUUGGCCACAACCGAAAACACGUUUCGACUGACAUGGACGAUGGUGAUGCAAUGUUUUCAAGGAAAUUCACAAAUGGACAUCGUCUCGCCGAUGACUUUUUGGGGAACAGAGAUUCAUCUUCGGAUGACAGGGACUUUAAAGCAUUUGCCAGGAAAGUCAAUGACCGCUACCAAGUCGGUUUCCAAGACGACGACGAACACUUUGAAAAUGGACAUAUGCUAAACAAUGAAACAAAGAUGAAAACUGACAAGGACUUUAAAUUUGACAUUCCAAGCUUUUCAACGGAAAACAGGGUUUUACACGUGGACAGAAGGGGUGUAUUCACUGAAGACUAUUUCUUCGCGAAUGUUCGUGACAGCUUCAGCCAAGCAGUGAGAGAAGUGCUGGAAAAGGCUAAUGAAUGGACCUGUCGAAGUGACGCCAUGCACAACUACAGACGUCUGCGUCAGCGUAACCUCAAGUUGGAAACUCAGGCUGUUGGCAUCAUUGACGAUCAAGACUCGCACAAGAUUGUGAUGGACGUUUUUGAUUUCAUUAAGGGUGACGUGACAGUGCAGUUGGUGAAGGGCAAGGAACUGCUGGUCGAGGGUCAAGCAGAGAAGCAGGACGGAAGCAGAGUGUCCCGAGUGAGCUUCGUGCGUCGCUUUGCGUUGCCUGAGCUCGUCGACCGAGACGCCAUCAGCUGCGUGUUGUUCUCGGAUGGAAUCCUGACAGUCAUCUCCAAGAAGAGAGCAUGCGAGUACAGGACUAGUGCAAGGGGACUUUCCAGUGAGAGGAAGUUCUACGGUGACAGGGCUGGCAGGUGGGAGGAUAAGAAAGUGAAGGACUCCCUCGCGGAUCUGGAAGGCCCCAGCUCUCGGAGCUUCAGCACUGGCUCUCGCUCCCGCUACCAUCGCUCCUAUUUCUUGCAAGAAUCUUUAGUUCACAAGCGCACGUGCACCUCCAACGAUCUCCUCUCAAGUCAUAGCACAAGUGUACAUAUAUUCCUUUUUUUGAAAAUGACGCCCAUUCAGAUAGAGAAGUCGUACGACGUGAAAGCCUCUUCCACACCCACUGCAAAGUGCUCUCGGCAGGCAAGGUCAAGCAGCAGGUCAUGGGAUGUGUUCCUUCCUAUCAGCCGCAGAGGAAGCUUCUUCCAAGACUCGUUUUUCUCUGACAUACACAAGGAUUUUGACUCCUCCGUCAGGGAGGUGUUGGCCAGAUGGAGUGACGAAGAUUUGAAAAUGAAAGACUUCCGCCGGGAUGAUAUUAUGAACCGUUACAGACAGCUUCGAUCUCGUAACCUAAAUGAAGGGAACCAGGCUGUCACAGUCACAUCUGACAACACAAGUCAUAAGAUUGUGCUGGAUGUGCAUGACUUCAUGUGUGGAGAUGUGAAAGUGAAAGUGUUGGACGAGGAGGAGUUGUUAGUGGAAGGGCACGUGGAGAAGAAGGAGGAAGGAAGGUCAUCCGUCUCGUCACACUCCUUCAGACGCUACUUCUCUUUGCCUCAACAUACAGACAUGGCAGCGAUUACGUCCGUCAUGUCUGCAGAUGGUAUCCUCACAGUCACUGCGCCCAAAAUAAAAACAGAAACUAUAAAGGAAAAUGCAAUCAAUCAGACUCUCGCUUCGAAUUAUCGUGAGAAAGCCAACAAGACCCAAAAACACAUGGAAUCUCAGACAGACUCAGGACGCUCGUCGUCUACACGAAAAGAAACCUGUUCGUGUGAUUUUGGUUUCAAAAGAACAGCUGAUUCCUCUCGAUUUCACAGCGAUUCAUGGGACACAUUCUUGCCCAUCACUCGAAAGGGAGGCUUCUUCCAGGACUCAUUCUUUUCCGGUAUACAUCGCGACUUCGAUGCCUCCAUCAGGAAGGUCCUCAAUGCCUGGAAUGACGCUGAUCUCCAGCUGGCGGACUUCUGGGACGAUGACGACUUCCACCGCAGCGACAGACUGGGCCGCUACAGGCAGCUUCGAUCGCGGAACCUGUGGAGUGACAACCAGGCCGUUACAGUUACUUCGGAUAAUGUCAAUUAUAAGAUCGUGUUGGACAUGCAUGAUUUUGUGGAUGGAGAUGUGAAGGUAAAAUUGAUAGGCGAGGAGCUGUUGGUAGAGGCCCAGUCAGCCAGGUCCUCGUACACCUUCACACGCACAUUUUCCUUGCCUGAGUCCAUUGACAUAAUGUCCAUCACAUCUGUCAUGUCGUCAGAUGGCAUCCUCACAAUCACUGCGUCCAAGAUGGAGAGUGAAACACAACAGAAGACUAUUGUCAUCCCCAUUAGCGUCAAGGAAAGGCACAAUGCAUCAGAAGUUCACAGCUCAACUUCCUCGACGACCUCGGGAGUUUCUGAGGAAGCAGCAUCUGGCCAAGGAAUAUCCCACACAGGCCAAGAGGAGGAACGCAAAUACGCACGAUGCUAUCAGGAAAAUAUCGACGAGGACAAGACCCAAACUGUAGCUUCCAAGAUCUCUAGCAACACACAACAAUCAUUACAGAAGCAAUCGUCUGGCAUCACAGAUUUUGCUUCCACAAGAAUUUCCAAUCUCUGGAAGCAAAGAAAACUCUUGGGAAUUUGGAAGAUGAUUUCUUGCCCAUCGCGAGGAGAGGAAGCUUCUUCCAAGACUCAUUCUUCUCCGACAUACGCCAAGGCUUCGACGCCUCUGUCAGGGAAAUCUUGAAGAAAUGCAAUGACUCCGACCUCACGGUGACAGACGAUAUCAGUCAUAGGGGCAUCCUAAGCCGCUACAGGCAGCUUCGAUCUCGAAACAUGAGGGAAGAGGACCAGGCCUUCUCCGUCUUGUCAGACGAUGCUACGAUCAAGAUCGUAGUGGACGUGCAUGACUUCAUGUGCGGAGACGUCAAGGUGAAAGUCGUAGACGAGAAGGAGCUGGUGGUGGAAGGACGCGUAGAGAAAGAGGAAGGAAGUUCAUCCGUCUCGUCACACUCCUUCAGACGCCGCUUUUCCCUGCCUCACCGCACUGACAUAACGAGCAUCACUCCAGUCAUGUCUUCAGAUGGUAUCCUCACAAUAACUGCUAUG